AUGCCCGUUUAUGAAGGAGGCACGACGAGGCCGUUGUUCAUAACAAAAUCGUGUACUUUCGAUGAGUUGGUUAAUGAAUUACACAAACUUACAUUAACUAACUCACGUGAGUAUCACCUCAGUGUGGUUUGCAAUUAUCCUGUUGUGGAGAACAGAACAAGUGGCAUUCAAAUAUCAAGUGACUACGAUAUGAGUCUCAUUCAUGUCUUACACGACGAGAAGCGUUCGGUUGAGUUGUUCAUUGAAAAACAUCAGAGAGAUUUGGGCAAAUCGUUGAACUACGAAGGAAUGUAUUCCCGCAUGUUGGAGGAUCCUGAAGUUGAUUCUGUAGGCUUUUUAUCUCCUCAACAAGAUGAAUGUUGGACACAAUCACAAUACAUGAGCGGUCCUUCGUUCGUGGGCACUUCGAAUGCUUUCGAUACUAACACGGGAAUUCAAGAAGAUAAUGCAAGUGUUGAAUCCGAGAAUGAUGAUGAAGAGGAGGGAUUAAUUAAUGGGGAAAACCAACACAUCGAUGGGGCUUAUGUUAAUAAUGAGUAUGUCGGCUUAGAGGAUCCGCCGCCCGAUGAACUUCAAGGAGAUGAAUGGAUUGAUAACUCCGCGAUGGAAAGUGUUCCUAUUGGCACUAAUAGCGGUGUUGAUACACAGGCCGAGGACUUCUCAUUCAUCAAGGGAGAUCUUUACGAGAGUAAGGAGAAAUUGAUCCAUGCUAUUCGCACGUAUUCCAUUGCAAAAAAUGUGAAGUUCAGGCCUACCAAAAAUAAUACUACAAGCUAUAAUGUGGUUUGUUUCUAUCGCAAAGAUGACGAUGUCGAAGAUAAUAGUGGACACCACGACGGCAAUGCGAGGUGUCCGUGGAAGCUUAAUUCACGCUCGGGUUCAAGAGUAGGUGGGCAAUUCAAAAUCACGGCAUACAAUGGACUCCACACUUGUAGCAAUCCUCGAUUAGAGAUGAAUAACAAGAAUGCGUCCUCUUCUUUUAUAUAUCGAUUGAUUUUACCGCAUCUGAGGGAGGAUCUUGAUCUAAGGCCGAAAGAUAUCCGUCUUUUAGUGCAUAAAGCCACCAACUUGGAUGUAUCAUAUCACAAGUGUUGGAAUGCUAGGAGGAAGGCGAUGAUAAAAAUAUUCGGGGAUUGGGAUAAAUCGUAUGAGAUCUUACCUCAUUAUCUUGAAGCACUCAAAAGAGAAAAUCCGGGGACUGUCUACGAAGUAUCUUCGGACCCCGUUGAUGGCGGAGAACGGCGGUUCACCGGUGUAUUUUGGGCAUUUGGGCCCUGUAUUGAGGGGUUUCGUCAUUGCCGUCCUCUUCUUAGCAUUGAUGGAACUCACUUAUAUGGUAAAUACAAAGGCGUUUUGCUUGUUGCAACCGGAGUUGACGCGGAUGGCGGGUUGUUUCCUUUAGCAUUCGCAGUGGUUGAUGUUGAAAAUACAGAGAAUUGGGCUUGGUUUUUUGCAUGCAUUAGAUAUCAUAUCCCUAGUGUGGGGACGCGGCCGAUUACAUUCAUAUCCGAUAGGAUGAAAGGAAUUCCAAGAGCACUCCAACGACAUUUCCCGCCACCACAUGCACAUCGCUAUUGCUUGCGACAUAUUAGAGACAACUUCAAGAAGAAGUAUGGAAACGCUCAGGUUCAAGACUUACUUUGGCAAGCCGGUUGUGCAACAGAAAAAUAUGUUUAUGAACAAAUACGAGAGAGGAUCAAGUUCACUUCACGAGCCGCACAUGAUUGGAUCGAAACUAGUUUGGGUCCAAACAAUGUUGAUAAGUGGGCUUUAUGUGAGGAUGGCGGUCGACGGUUCUGUAUGAUGACUACGAACGCGUCUGAGAGCUUCAAUGGCGUGCUCAAGGGAGCACGCGGCAUGCCAAUACAGGCACUAGUUGCUAAAACUUUUUACAGGCUUAAUAAAUUCUUUGUUCGACGUCGAGAACUUGGUGAAAAUAUGCGCUCCCAGCUAACACCGAAGGUUGAUGAAAUGCUAGCGGCUCCGGUUGUACAAGCUCGGUCAUUUCAGGUUGUACGAUACAGUUUUAAUGAAUGGGAGGUGCUCGAGGGAAUAACCCAUAGAGAAAAUCGCUCUUACAAAGUCAAUAUGUUGGUGGAUCGCACUUGUACGUGCACUUGCAAUGUACCGCAACUACAAUUGAUUCCUUGUUCACAUGUUGUAGCAGCUUGCUCCGACCUACAGGGUGGUGCUCGCAUUUCACAUUAUGAAUUUGUCGACGCUUGGUAUUCUGCAUACAACUAUCAACAAACCUAUAAAGAGUGUUUUCGUCCACCAUACGAUAGUUGA